GAGCGACGCGCUCUGCUAAUCGACGCUUUACAUCACACUUUAUUAAAUGAAAUUUAGCGCGACCGAUACAAUUGGACGCUAUACUGUACUUGAAGCAGUAAACCCUAUCUUUCUCUCGCUCUCUCUGCAUCACCCAUUUCGUCUCUCAGGUAAUGCUACCCUCCCUGUAGCCGCCAAGAAGCACCAUACGUGAAGCUUCAACAAGGUCUACACCGCAUCUCGCAAGCGAGUGUGAUUGCCACUUUGCUAGUACAGAUACUAACCCUGUUGGUAGGAGAAAAUUGUUUGUCAGGAAAAUGGAUCGUAGUUGGAUGUAUGAUAGAUUCAACCCACAUAGGAAAGGCUUGAAAUUGGAGUUUAUUAGGAGAGUUCAGGAGUUUAUUAAGAAGGCUAAGGAACAACCCUGCUUUUUGUCUGAGAAAAAGAUCAAGUGUCCAUGUCCAACGUGCAUGUGUGUAAAGUCUUCCACUAUAAGAGAGGUGAAAGCUCAUUUGUACAAGAGUGGGUUUAAACCAAAUUAUUUGAUCUGGACUGAGCAUGGAGAACAAGAUCAAAAUAUUUGUGUAAGGAGUCAAUUGAAUAAUAGUGGACAUAUGGAGGAGGUGGAAGAGGAAGAGGAUCCUAAAACUCCUCGUAUGGAAGAGUCGGAAGAGAAUGAAGAUCCCAAAACUCAUAUGGAAGAGUCGGAAGAGAACGAGGAUCCCAAAACUUCUCAUAUGGAGGAGUCGGAAGAAGAUGAGGAUCCCAAAACUCUUCAAGAAAUAGAGUCAUGCGAGCAGAAUGCUGACGGGAAGGUUCUUAUACGACCUUGUGGUUCAGGGUGGGCUCCUAGCUCGGCGCCUGCUGCUGCAAUUAAACACGCCAUCCAGUCACACUUUCAGGGUCCUUUUUAUCGCUGGAGUGCGACCCCAGAGGAUGUAAGGGAAUAUUGGUGGAAGUUGUUCGGGGACAAGGUUACUUGGGAUCCUCGUGAUCAUGGGCAUAUCAAAAAGACGUUUCAAACGAGAGGCGCAAAACGCCUUUCAGAUAUGCUCUCGAAAGUGAGGACGAAGGGAACGAGACCUCAUUGGAUUUGUGAGGAGGCUUGGAAGGGUCUUAUUGACCAUUGGGAGGGUGAAGCCUUUAAAAAGAUCUCUACCCAAAAUAAGACCAAUCGGGCUUCAGGUAAAGGUGGAGCAGUCCACACCACAGGCCGCAAGGCUCAUGUGGAUGUGGCACUUAGUAUGGCUCGUGAACUUGGGCGGCCUGUGGAUCCCGAUGAGCUCUUCUUGGCCACCCACAAAAAGAAGUCUGGCACUUGGGUUGAUAACCGCUCUCAAACAACAUAUAAACGCUAUCAAGAUCGCUUGAAGGAGGUACAAACACAAAUUGGUGAGGCCUCCCAGAAUGGGACUCCAGAGGUUGAUGGGGCGACAAAGAUUGAAUUGUGGAAAGAGGCUGCUGGGGGGAAGUCUCGAGGGCGGUGUUAUGGUACUGCAGACUUUGCUUUAAACCUCCGACGUGGUGUAACUUCGCUUACUCAGGAGUCUCGGGAACCUUAUAGUGGCACGUGUGAUCAUGCUAUGCAUCUUGAGGCCAUUGAUGCAGCACGUAAGGAGGCUGUUGCAGCACGUCAGGAGGCAGCCACAGCACGUCAGGAGGCAGCUGAGGUGAAACAACAAUAUCAGCUUUUGGAGGAGCAGUUGCGCAAGGUAAUGAAGCGCAUGAAAGCUCUAGAGCGCCAAUCAGCAGGUGCUUCAAGUGUGAGUCAAGCUCAUAGGGGAUAUCCUCACAGUGAUGAUGACCAUUCACUAGAUGUGGUCUUAUCAGACCGUCGAAGAAAGAAACAUCUAGCUCUAAGGAGACGUCGUCACUAUGAUGACGACAACCAUUAUCUAGAUGAGAUAUUAGCAUACCGUCGCCGAAAGCAACGUCGAGCUCAAAGGGCACGUUAUCACUAUGAUGAUGACAAUUCGUUAGAUGAGAUCUUACCAAAACAACGUCAAGCUAAAAGAGGACAUUCUCACUAUGAUGAUUCCAAUUCGCUAGAUGAAGGCUUACCAAAGAAACUUCUGGCCAAAAGGGGACAUCCUCACUAUGAUGAUGAUGAUGAUGAUGAUGAGGAGGAUUCGCCACAUGAGGACUUACCAAAGCAACGUCAAGCCAAAAAGGGACAUCCUCACUAUGAUGAUGAGGAGGAUUCGCUACAUGAGGACUUACCAAAGCAACGUCAAGCCAAAAGGGGACAUCCUCACCAUGAUGAUCAUGAUCAGGAUUCGCUACAUGAGGACUUACCAAAGCAGCGUCAAGCCAAAAGGGGACAUCCUCACUCUGAUGAUAAGGAGGAUUCGUUACAUGAGGACUUACCAAAACAACGUCAAGCCAAAAAGGGACAUCCUCACUAUGACAAUGACGAGGAUUCGUUACAUGGGGACUUACCAAAGCAACGUCAAGCCAAAAGGGGACAUCCUCACUAUGAUGAUGAUUCACUAGACGAGGUCUUACCAAAGCAACCUCAAUCUAAAAGGAGGAAUCACCACUAUGAUGAUGACGAUUCAGUAGACGAGGUCUUACCUGCCCGUCGCCGCCGUCGUUACCUAUGAUGAUGAAGAUUCAGUAGAUGAGGUCUUACCUGCUGCCGCCGCCGUCAUUACUGUGGUUGAGUUUGAUUUCUUUGUUAUGUACUUUAUACUAAGAUGUACCUUUAUAUUGGUAUACUGCUAUGGUAAUUGGUCGUUAACUUUUUAUAUUCUAUUUGGCUGGGUUGUAUUGGUAUACUGCUAUGGUAAUCGGUCAUUAACUUGUUAUAUUCUAUUUGGAUUUGUCUUGGUUUAUAUUUGUCAUUUGAUAUCUAUUUGAUUUA